CACAGAAGAAGAAGUUUCUAAUGACCGCGAGACUCUGUGAGAUCGAGAUUUAGCAGUGCUCCGUUUGUUAGUUGAGCAGAACCCAGAGUUGGCAGCGACAACACGUAGAAAACCGCCGGAUUUACCACAGAGACGCGAUGGAAAGGGAGAACCCGGACCCGGACCUCAUCCUCUACAAGACCGAGAUGAAGGAGGAGAACCAGGACCCGGAUUACAUCUUCUAUAAGAGCGAGAUUAAGGAGGAGGAGAACCCGGAUCCGGAUUUCAUCUUCUAUAAGAGCGAGAUUAAGGAGGAGGAGAACCUGGACCCGGAUUUCAUCGUUUACAAGACCGAGAUGAAGGAGGAGAACCAGGACCCGGACCACCAGAGCAGCGAUCCCGCCGUACAGAACAACGCAGACUCACCUUCUGGCCCCAGCGACCAUCAGAACCCAGAGUCAGCAGAGGACGACAUGUGGAGAUCCGCUGGAUUUCACCACAAAAGCCCGAUGGAGGGGGAGAAUCCGGACCUGAGUUUCAUCGACUGCAAGAGCGAGAUUAAGGAGGAGAACCAGGACUCGGAUUUCACUGAUGACAAGAGCGAGAUGGAAGAGGAGAACCAGGACCCGGACAAACGGAGUAGCGAUCCCCCCAUAAAGAACAAAGUGGACUCAUCUUCAGUCCCCGGUGAUCAACAGAAACAGAGAAGAAGAAUGACACACAAACGUCACCGCUGUGACCAAUGUGGGCAAGCUUUUACUAUGCCGUGUUCCCUAAGAAUCCACCAACGUAUUCACACUGGAGAGAAACCGUACAGCUGCGAACAGUGUGGGGCGGCCUUUGCUCAGUUGGGGACUCUACAAAGGCAUCAACGUAUUCAUUCUGGAGAAAAACCGUAUUGGUGUGAGCAGUGUGGGGCAGCUUUCAUUCAGCUGGGGACUCUGCAAAUGCAUCAACUGAUUCACACGGGAGAAAAACCGUAUAGCUGUAAUCAGUGUGGAAAAGCCUUUACUCGUUCCAAUCACCUGAAAGCCCACCAGCGUGUUCACACUGGAGAGAAACCGUAUUGGUGUGAACAGUGUGGGGCAGCGUUCACAGUCUUGGGGAACCUACAGCGUCAUCAGCAUAUUCAUUCUGGAGAGAAACCCUUCAUCUGUGACCAAUGUGGGGCCGCCUUCACCCAGUCGUGCCAUCUACAGAGGCAUCAGCGUGUUCACUCAGGAGGGACGCCCUUCAGCUGUGACCAAUGUGGAAAAGCUUUUACUCGUUCAAGUCACCUAAAAACCCACCAGCGUGUUCACACUGGAGAGAGGCUGUAUUGGUGUGAACAGUGUGAGGCAGUGUUCACUCAGAUGUGGAAUCUACAGCGCCACCAUCGUGUUCACUCUGGAGAGAAACCGUACAGCUGUGACCAAUGUGGAAAAGCUUUUGCUUAUGCAAGUAACCUAAAAACUCAUCAACGUGUUCACGUUAGAGACACUGGGAGAAAGCUUUCAUUACAAAAGGCCCAUCGGUGCCUCACAAUGGGGCGAAUCUGUCAAUCUGGGACCACUGACAGAGUUUGCCAACGUCAAGUAGUCUAAAAACCUGCCACUGCACGUUACAGCUGUGAACAGGCUGCCGUCAGAGAGAGGACUGAUGAAUCCUCCAGACAGAGAAACGCGUAGUGGUAGAAGAAGCUGUACGAGGCUCUAUAAGUUCAUCUUACCAUGAUGAGCCAAAGCCCAGCGACCACCUACCUAACAGCUGGUUGUUCACCUGCCGCCAACUACGUCAUCUGACCGUAACAAUCUGGUCUUUACAUCUGCACGUUUCUCCCACAUCCAACACUUUGACAAGAAGCGACUAUUUCCUGAUGUAUCCCAGACCUUGACAUGAUCUGUUGUUACAAGAUAGUCAGCGUUCAUGGGAGAGUGCUCGUAAUGUUAUGUUUUAUUGGUAAAACUGAUUUGAAACAUAACUCUUAAAAAGUACUGUUCCUUUGAUGGUAAUAGUAAAAAUUAGCUAUUUUUUAAAUGUCACUGUUCUGCUUAAUACAGCCUGAAUGAGACUGAAGUAAUUCAUGACCGAGAAAUGGAAAGUGGCCUAUGUGGCUCCAGGUCCAUGUAGGCUGAUGAUCAAAUUGACAUUUCAAGCCACAUAACAACCCACCAGCGUGUUCACACGGGAGACGAUCUGUAAUGCGACCAUUGAUGGGGUUUGUCUGCAUCAGGUAGUCUGAAAAUACACAGCUGUGCAUGUUAUAAACGCAGCAUCUACAGUGGUCCAAGGCAGUAUGAAAAGGGAAACGUUUUGAUUGGUGGGUUUUCUAGACAAUUGUUGUGGUGAACUGUUGGACAUAGGUUUAAGAAAAAUACUUCACAUUUGUAUUAUUUACUGUUUCAUCAUGUUGGAAGACUUAGUCGCUUAUUUGAAUGAUAAACAGUGUAUUUUAGAUUCGGUUAUUCUUCUGUAGGACUGUACCAGUAUUGGCAUAAGAUGUUGCUCUUUAGUCAUGUACAUACAGAUGAAAAUGAUUUAAGUUCAGUAAUAUCACUGAGCAGCUAGUUGGGUGGAGGAGGACAAGUUUCAGUCAGGUGUGGUGGAAAAACUUUGUCAUGUUCUUCAGCCAAUCACCUGAAGCACUGGAGUCUGGUGAUAAAGUGACGAUGUUUGACAAAGUGAGCUGCGACCAUGAGCAGCCGAACUCAAACUCAGGAAGCUCAUGUUUUUAUGGCGUUCCUUACUGCUCCUCCCUAUGUGGAGCGACCGAACCAGCACGUUCCUUUGUUCCUUUUCAUCUGCCUUGAAACCACCAUACAUAACUGUCAAAAGGUUGGACGUUUCCGGCUCUUUCCAGAACAUACUGGUGCUAGGCAAGUACCAGCCAUUGUCAAAACCUGGACCUUUUCUAGGGACUUCUCCCAAAAUCUAAUAGUGUCGGGAUCCAAUAGGCUCAACAGCCCAGUGGUGAAGCUGGGAACAGCACCACUGUGCUCUGGAACUUAAAGCAAACAGCCAUAUUCUGAAUGACUGAAUGCACAUUAAGAAAAGCUGAAAAUGUUCCUUUAGAGACUUAGUUCAGUUUUAGGUGACGGCAGUUUACAGAGACAUCGAUGGAGUCACAGUGGAGAGAAACCGUACAGAUGUAAAGAAUGUGGGAAAACGUUUCCCAGUUCAAGCUGGUAGGAAAUAAUUCUGUUAAUACAAGUUAGUUAAAAUCUCGUUGACGUAUUCACGGUGGAGAGAAACCGUAUUGGCACAAAUAAUGUGGAAAAGCUUUUACUACUUCAUUUUUCCUUAAAACCCAUCAUUCGCUCUGGAGAGAGAGACUCUACAGCUGUGACCAAAGUGGACAAGAAUUUACUGGUUCAAGUCACUAAACAGCCAUCGCUGUGUUCACUUUGGAGACACUGGUAGUGCUGGGCAGCGUGCCAGUUCAUCCAUCUUCAUAUACCACCAUACUGUAACAGAGCUGAACAGAUGUUAUGCUUCAGUGAGCAGGUGUCUUUGUACACUUUGGGUUUUUUUGACAGAAUAUACUGAGGGGAGGUUUUGGACACCAGCAGCUUCCUGUUUUGUUUUAUUUAAUUACAAUAGUAAAGUAAACAGAAAAAACAAACUAAGGUCGUUGCAAUUUUAUCAUAAUGGUCAUUUUUAUGGUAGAA